GCCCCGCCCCCGCCUGUCCAGCGCGUCGCAUCUCUAAACGGCGUUCGGCUCGGUCAGCAGCAGCAGCAGCAGCACCCCACAGCUCACCUGACUGCAUCAUUUCUGUUUUUGUUCUUCUUUUUUUUUUUUUUUUAAUUCCCUCCCUGACAGGCAUGGAAGGAACGGAGCAGAUACCUCCACCCCCCUCCACCCCCCGGAGAGACGUCACCAUGUCAGGUAGAGAGUGAAGAGGAGGUUCGGGGGCCGUGAGGAGGUGGGGGAACAACACUGCGGGGUGCGCUUGGAGUAGCCUCUCCAUCCCGGGUGAACACCUUUCCGGGCUCAAAGCGCGCACGAUGAUGCACCGCCGGCAGCUGCUGCCGCCGCGGCUGCUGCUGGCUUUCUUCGCCAUUGUGGGAGUUGGCCUCGGGGCAGACACAGAGGAGCGGCUGGUCGAGCAUCUCCUCAACCCGGCAUAUUACAACAAGCUGAUCCGACCCGCCACUAAUGGGUCUGAGCUGGUUACCGUGCAGCUGAUGGUGUCGUUGGCCCAACUCAUCAGUGUGCAUGAAAGAGAGCAGGUGAUGACCACCAAUGUCUGGCUGACACAGGAGUGGCAGGACUAUCGGCUGACUUGGGUCCCCGAGGAGUUUGAUGGAAUGUUGAAGGUCAGGCUGCCCUCAAAACACAUCUGGCUUCCUGACGUGGUCCUCUACAACAAUGCGGACGGGGUCUAUGAGGUGUCCUUCUACUCUAACGCGGUGGUGUCCUACGAUGGCAGCAUCUUCUGGUUGCCUCCAGCCAUCUAUAAAUCGGCCUGUAAGAUCGAGGUGAAGCACUUCCCUUUCGACCAGCAGAACUGCACGCUGAGGUUUCGUUCCUGGACCUACGACCGCACAGAAAUAGACCUCGUGCUUCGCGCCGACGUGGCCAGCAUGGAUGACUUCACGCCCAGCGGGGAAUGGGACAUCAUCGCCCUGCCGGGUCGACGAAACGAGAACCCGGGCGACCCCACCUACGUGGACAUCACGUACGACUUCAUCAUUCGCAGGAAGCCGCUGUUUUACACCAUCAACCUCAUCAUCCCUUGCGUGCUCAUCACCUCACUGGCCAUCCUGGUCUUCUACCUGCCGUCCGACUGCGGAGAGAAGAUGACGCUGUGCAUCUCUGUGCUGCUCGCGCUCACCGUCUUCCUCCUGCUGAUCUCCAAGAUCGUCCCGCCAACUUCCCUGGACGUUCCUCUGGUAGGGAAGUACCUGAUGUUCACCAUGGUCCUGGUCACUUUUUCCAUAGUUACCAGCGUGUGCGUGCUCAACGUCCACCACCGCUCGCCCACCACGCACACCAUGCCUCCCUGGGUUAAACUGGUGUUCCUCAACAAGCUUCCCGCCCUGCUCUUCAUGCGACAGCCCAGGAACAGCAGCGAGCGCCAGCGGCUACGCCAGCAGAGGCGAGCGCAGGAGCAGAAGGAGGGCGGGCGCAGCGGGGAGCCGGCGGCCCUGAUGGUCGGCCUCGGGCUCGGCGGCGGCGGCGGGAAUGGAGGGGCGACCUCAUCGUCUGUUUUCGGGAAGGACGACGGGGACCCUUGCACGUGCUACGUGAACCGGGCGUCCGUCAAACAGUUUGGAGGGGAACUGGUGGGCGCCGGAGGGGGAUCAACGGACGGUCUGAACAGAGUGAGGGAGGGCCGGGAGGGCGGGUCUGGAAACCUGCCCCGGGGGAAGCAGGCGGCUGGAGGUCCGGCUUUGACUCAGGCUUUGCUGGCUCAAGCCUGUCCAGGAUUCGAUGAGGCGGUGGAAGGAGUUCGCUUCAUCGCCAACCACAUGAAGAGCGAAGAUGAUGACCAGAGUGUGAGCGAGGACUGGAAGUACGUUGCUAUGGUGAUCGAUCGCCUCUUUCUCUGGAUCUUUGUGUUUGUUUGCGUGUUUGGCACGAUGGGCAUGUUCCUGCAGCCCCUUUUCCAGAAUUACACAGCGAAAACCAUCAACACGCCAGGCUGAUUGUUUCCGCCAACAGACAGCGGCCCUGACCAAUCAGAGCAGCAGGACAAACGACAAAGGUGUGGUGGUGUGUGCGCGUGUGUGUGUGUGUGUGCGUGUGCGU